AUGGCGCAAGCACCGCCAGGCCUCGGCGGGGAUCCACCGGAUACUCUUAUGGAAGAAGGAGAUCCACAUGCCCACACAGCGAAGAAGAAGCGCACUUUUGCGGAUGCAGUUGCAUCCAUUGACACCCCUGUGACCGGAGAGUCAUCGAGGGUGGAUGCCAACGAAUGGGCUUUCGAAGACAUCGAUGUCGAAUCUGACUCCGAACCGGAUGCUAACGACAUGGCAGACAGCAGACCAAGAGUAACGUUCUCUAAGGAGUUACGUAAAGAGUUGUGCAGCGCUUGGAAGAUGGCCUUAAUCAUAAAAUACCUGGGGAAGAACAUUCACCUCAACGUGUUGAAUCAACGACUUCCGACCAUGUGGAAUCUGCAAGGUAAGAUGAAUCUUAUCGACAUAGGCUAUGGAUGCUUUGUCGCCGGCUUCGAUAGCAAAAUCGACUAUCUCCAUGUUCUCCUCGACGGUCCAUGGAAACUCUUUGACAACUAUCUUGUCACUCAGCGCUGGGAACCGGAGUUCAGGCCUCGAACGGCAAAACUCUCGAAAAUGGCGGUCUGGGUUAGACUCCCAGACUUGCCAAUGGAGUAUUUUCGUGAUGACACCAUCCGAGCCAUUCUGGAGAACGUGGGAAAACCUCUGAAAUUGGAUAGAACAACGGCUGUGGCGGCGAAAGGGAGAUUUGCCAGAGCUGCGGUGGAAGUUGAUCUAAACAAGCCCCUGGUUUCUGAAGUUUUGGUCAUGAACUACGCUCAGCUCGUCGAAUACGAGGGUCUGCAUGUCAUCUGUUUCAACUGUGGUGUGGUGGGGCAUCGUGAACAGGCUUGCCCGGAGAACAAACCGACGGGAACGGAGGUUCCUAACGCCGACCCGAAUGCCGAACCUGCGACAGAAGCUACAGAAUCCCGUCAAACUGAAUCGCCAUCUCCCACUCCUCCGGUGCAGACUAAGCCCAGGUAUGGAACCUGGAUGUUGGUCACGAAGAAAGCAAAACCGGCUCCUGUUGGUAACAAUAAUUGCCAUGCUAGAAACGAUUCGCAUGGCACUGCCAAUCGUGGAAACCAGUUCGGCGUACUGGUUGAUAUGCACGAACACAGUGUACCGCACACCAAUAAGAAUAGCACAGAAAAGAGUAAACACAAAUCAGGAUCCAAGUCUGGAUCCAAAGGUAAGGCUCCGAUUCCGAGGAACAAUUCCUAG